AUGCUUGGCUAUGCGACGUCUACAGUGUACGUGCGACCUCAUUUCGGUCAGAGCGAGAACAACGAAGAGCGAGAGCGAGAGCAGGAGCGAGAGAGGACUAGAGAGAGGGGACGAGAGAGAGGGGACGAGAGAGAGGACGAGAGAGAGAGAGAGAGAGAGAGAGAGAGAGAGAGAGAGAGAGAGAGAGAGAGAGAGAGAGAGAGAGAGAGAGAGAGAGAGAGAGAGAGAGAGAGAAUGAGAGAGAGGGAGAGAACGAGAGAGAAAACGAGAACGAGAGAGAGAGAACGAGAGAACGAGGACGAGAGAGAGAGAACGAGAGAGAACGAGCGAGAACGAACGAGAGAUAGAGAGAGUGUUCAAUAA